AUGGAGAAAGGAAUGAAAAAGAGGGGAGGAAUUUCCGAGAAAGCAGCUGGUGAAGUGGAACUCUGGUGUCGGUUCACAUUAUUAGGCCAACAACAAGUGGAUCAAUUAAGAUUUGGGAUUUUCCACCAUAAGUGUCGGGUUCAAAACCCUAUCCAGUAUGGGACAAAAUGGAAAGAUGUGGGAGAGCCAUCUGGCCAUCGUCUUAUGGAAUAUGGACGCAGUACAAAUCUCAGUGGAGAUCUACCGGAUUGA